AUGGAGCCAAAGCCAGCAACGGAGCCAAAGCCAGCAACUGAGUCCGUCCUGGAGGAGAAGCCUAAAAUUCCGGCUGACCAGCUAUGCCAUGAUCCUCCAAACCCAUCACUCCACCUCUGCCUAUCAACCAUUCAGCUCUGCCUUGGCUCCUCGUUCCCUCGGCUCCAUCAUGAGCUGUCCAUGGGCAUCCUCAUCCCUCCAUCUCCGCCUUGGUCAGUUGUCACUCUGCCUGCACCGCGGGCUUGCGGGUACUGGUCUGUUACUUUUCCUUCCACCCCUCUGGCUCCAGUGGGCUCCUCCUUACCUCUUGCUUCACCCCUGUCCUUGUUCUCUCUGGCUCUGCCUCAGUCCUCUGACCCCCUGGCUCCACCUUGGCUGCUUGUCAUCACUGCUUCACCUCAGCCUCCAGGACCUUCUUUACUUGGGGUUGUGAUCAAAAUAUUGGACGUAAAUGAUGCACCAAAAUUUCAAAAGUCAGUCUAUGAAGUGACUGUGGACGAGUCACAUGAUCAAGACAAAAGUGUACUGACUGUACUGGCUUCUGAUGAGGAUGAUUCAAGUACAAACAAUGGAACAUUCGUUUUCACAAUCAAGUCUGUCACACCAAAGACAGAUAAUGUGGAAUUUUAUAUUCAGCAGCUAAAAGAAUCUGGGACCAUUCAUUUUAAGGGGUGUUUGGACUAUGAGAAAGCUCAGAAAUACACAAUCCUUGUUGAAGCAAAGGACAAAGGAGAAAAGAUACAGCUCUCAAGUACAAGUACACUGAUAAUCAAUAUUUCAGACAAUAACAACAAUCUUCCAGAGUUCUCUGGCAAAACAGGGCCAGGGAAGGUCAAGGAGAGAGAAGCUGGGGUUGAAGUUCUGCGACUGCAAGUUACAGACAAAGACGUCCGUGGUUCAAAAGCUUGGAAAGCCAAAUACACAAUCCACGAAGAUAAAAACGAGGUAUUCAAAAUAGAAACGGACCCUGUUACGAAUGAAGGGAUUUUAACAGUUGUUAAGCAAAUGGACUACAACGAGCAAACACAUCAAAAUUUGUCUAUCAGCAUACAUAAUGAAAUUCCUUACUUUUCCUGUAAGAUUACAAAGAAAGUACCAAGUGCCAUGUGGGAGCUCGACAAAAUACUCCAAAACUUUGACACUGACACAAGUGCCCUCUAUAACACCUUUCCAGUGACCAUUUAUGUAGAAGAUGUCAAUGACCCUCCGGUGUUCAUACCCCCUGUUAAACACGUUGUGGUAAUGGAGAACAUAGAUGUAGGAACAAGUCUUACAACCUUCACCGCUAAAGAUAUGGAUUUAAGCCAUGCAAACACAUUUACAUUUGUUAAAGGUGAAGAUACUGAUGGAUGGAUAACUAUUGAUGAAAAGACUGGACAAGUAUCCACAAUUAAAAUUCUGGAUAGAGAGUCACCAUUUGUGAUAAACGGCACCUAUACAGCAACCCUGUAUGCUGUGGAAGAAGGUGUCCCUCCACUGACAGGCACUGGAACUCUGGUGAUUCACCUGAAUGAUCAAAAUGAUAAUGUACCAAUUCUGGAGAGGAAUGUAGCCAGCAUUUGCAUAGAUAAACAGCCCACAAUGGUCAACAUCACAGCAGUAGACCUGGACUUUCCUCCAUUUGGAUCACCUUUCUACUAUGAGCUUUUAGGAGAUAUUAAGGACAAAUGGAGGGUUGAACCAGCUUAUGGCACAACAGUGAGUCUUGUAAAAGAAAACGAUGUGUUUUCAGGUCAUCAUCUCCUCCAGAUUAAAAUAUCAGACCAGCAGGGAUUUUACUCUAUCCAGAACCUGUCUGUCGCGGUGUGCAAGUGCUCUAUCACUCCCAACUGCCAUCUCAAAAUGGACUCGGAGGUUCGGAAGGGGUCUGUUUGUGCCUGGAUGCUUGGUCUUGCAAUUCUGAUUCUCACAGCUACGUGCUUUAGUCUUCAAAUCUCUUGCAAAGCAGAGAAAAAAAAAUAUUGUAUGGGAACCUCGGACAUCUCAUCACAAAAAAAUACGGAAAAUCCAAGAACAGAUUGCAUGAAACAGCUUGCUCUCCAAACCCAUGACAUGGAGCUUGGUAUUAAUGAACCGCACUGUUACACAGAUGAAGGACAGCCUACAGUCAGUGAUGAACUGGAUGCAAUAUCCAUUCCUGAGGAUGCUUAGAAAUCUGGACAGCAGGUUCCAAUUUGGGACAAAAUGGAAUGAAGUUCAUCAAAGUGUUUUACAGUAUGAGUAAUGAUAAAUAUGCAUUUUUUCCUGACGAAAAUUACUAUAGUACUUACAAAGCAACAAAGGAAUAGUGGUAAUGUUUUUAUGUGAGCUCAGGUUUACGGCUUUUGUUCUGUGUAAAUGAAAUUUUUGUCAUUA